CACAGUUUGUCAUAUUUUGUUAAGGAAACAUGGGCACAUUAUCUCUUGUCCUGCUCUUGCUUUCAGUCCAGUGGUCCUGGGCUCAGGAAGACCCUCUUCUGCCUUUCUCUGAACACCUGGACCCCGAGCACAAGGUGCAGCUGAAGUGGGGAUUUGAUGAGAUCCAGGGCACAAUCUUGUUCGAGCUUACUGUCAACACCAGCGGCUGGGUCGGUUUUGGCUUCAGCCCGAAAGGAGGAAUGACUGGAGCCGAUAUCGUCAUUGGAGGAGUCGGACCUGGAGGCAGUUUCUUCACGGACCAUCAUGCUGGGGGUAAUUCAAUGCCUCUGGUUGACCAUCAACAGAACUACAAACUCCUGUCUCUGAAUGAAUCUGAUGGGAAAACGAUCAUGAAGUUUCAGAGGUCCAUCGGUUCCUGUGAUGAAAAUGAUUUACCUAUCACUAAUCUCCCCAUGAAGCUGAUCUAUGCUUAUGGCCAGACUGAUGACAUCACGUACCACAGCACCCGAAGAGGCACGAAGGAGCUGAACCUGUUGAAGUACAUGCCUCGGGUCAACCCUCCAAACAGCAGCUUUUUUGACAUAACUAUGGUCAAUUUCACUGUACCAGCCAACCAAACCCACUAUCACUGCAAGAUCGUGAGAGCCCCGACAUUUGAUCGCAAACAGCACAUUUAUCGCAUUGAGCCGGUGAUCACAAACCGUGACCUUGUGCAUCAUCUGCUGCUGUACCGCUGCCCUCCGAGUGUGACGGAGCCAUUUGAGGCGGAGUGUUAUACUGGGGUGGAUGGAGAGUGUAUGGAGACCGUGGCUGUGUGGGGAGUUGGUGGAGGGACUUUUGAAUUUCCUGAAGUGGCAGGACUUCCAAUUGGAGGAAAUGUUGAAAAUUUUCUCUACAGGCUUGAAGUGCAUUACAACAACCUCAAUAAAAUUGCAGGUCGUGUUGAUAACUCAGGUCUGCGAUUCUAUUACACAUCUGAACUCCGUCAGCACGAUGCAGCUGUUCUGAUGACAGGGCUUGCGGUGACCCCUGGGUACGCCAUCCCACCCAAAGCCAAAUCCUUCCUCACAUAUGGCCUCUGUGACACUGCUUAUAUUCCAGAGGUUCUGCAGACGCCACAUGAUCUUCAGGUGUUCUCUGCCAUGCUGCACACACACUUAGCUGGACGCAAGGUACGAGUCGGGCACUUCAGAGGGGGAAAACAAAUCGAUCUUCUAGCUGCAGAUGAAAACUAUGAUUUUGAAUAUCAGGAAGUGACAAACUUGGGUAAAACUAAGACAGUGAAGUUGGGUGACAAAUUGCUGGUGGAGUGCACCUAUAAAACUGAAAACCGCAGUACACUCACAUGGGGGGGGUUCUCAACAUCAGAGGAGAUGUGCUUAGCCUUCCUCUUCUACUAUCCAGCGAUGAAUCUGAGCAGCUGUGUUAGCUUCCCAGAUGUAACAUCUUUAGCAUCUGCAAUGGGAGCACCAGAUAUAUAUACCUGGCUUUAUAUGAUGUUCACAAAGAUUUGGGAUGACACGUCUAUCAAUCAAUACCAACAAACACUGAAGGGAAUCGACCAGUUUGUCAUAGUCACAAACUCAAGAAACAACGGAUCAUACAAUAGGGGGACACUUCCUGAUCUCAGAGUCAUCCCGUCUGCACCCUGCAUGAGCGGCGGUGCCACCAAAAGUCUCGCUUUGCUAUCACUGCUCCUCUGUUUGGCAGUGCAGUGGGCAUCCUUAUGAAACAUUAAUUCAAAAUGCUACUGAUGUAACCCAUUGUUCUUUCAUGGUCUAAUUAAAUGUCAGUAAUAUUGACAAAGCAAAAACUCCUGGAUCACAGGGACAGAAAUUGAAAAUUUAUAAUAUGUAACUACUUAUUUUAAUAAAAAAAAAUUAUUAGAUGGAAAUGGACUUUACACUUUACUUUCCUUGCUUUACUUGUCUUCUACAAUAUGAAAAUCUUCAAACAAGUUUAUAUUAAAGAAUCACUUUGACAGCAUGAUUCAGAAUUUUUCCAACCUUGAAUUGUAAUUAAAAACAACAAAAUGGCAAUAAUACGAAUAACUAAUACUAAUAAUUAUUAUUAUUCAAAAUACAGAUUUCAUAUACCCAGUUCAUUUAGUGUUUAUGCAGUGGUAUGUCGACAGAUAAAAUGAUUGACGUGUUGAUGCUAUC